UAAAGCUAGAAAAAAGAGGCGGGAAAGAGUGAAAAUUUGGCGCCAUUCCAGGAAUCGCGAAAAGAAAAGGUCCUACCUCGUAUCGCGUCCAAUUGCUUUGCUCAUUCUCGUGCUCGGCAGGGGAACGGUGCGAAGCGGAGGAGCGGCGAUGCAGAUCCGGGUGCAGUGCGCGUGCGGCGAGUCGUCGUGCCCGGAAUGGGCCGUCGUGGAGCUGCAGGGCGUGGUGCAGCCGCAGGCCUCCUUCGCCGGCGACAUCCGGGGACUCCACAUCGGCCGCCUCUGCUCCUCCCCUUCCCCAGCCUCCGCCUCGUCCAAGGCAGGGUUCACCUUCACGGUGGGGUACCACGAGCUCGCCGGCACAAAGGUGACGCUCAAGAAGCCCCUGCUGGUGCUCAGGAAGAAGAAGGUUAAUGCUGGUGCUCAGGAAGAAGAGCCACCGACGGCGGCGGAGGUGGAGCUGGAGGUGAUCGGCAUCAUCCGGCACAAGAUCCUAUUCAAGGACCGCCCCAAGGCCCUCAUCUCAAAGCCGCCAACCAAGGAGAAGAAGGCCGUGCAGCCAGCAGCAAAGUGACGCGACGCCAGCAACUCCGUGCCCCUUGAGAAUCUGAAGCUCUCUUGGUUUGGCUGCGUAUUCCCUGAAUAUUGCGCCUGUUGUAGUCAUGCCUGGUUUGGCCGAUACUUAGUCAGUUGUAGUCGCACGUUCUUUUUUAUUUGUCACAUUUUAAUUUAAAAAUGAACUUGUGAGUGACAAAUAUUUUAGAAUGGAAAAAGUAUAAGUUUAAGGAUGUUUCCUCUCGGAAAAAAAAGUUUAAGGAUGAUCACUUGUAUUGUCUGUUUCUUUGUUUGUGGUUAAAGUCUGUUUGAUUGCA